AUGUGCUGCUGCUGGGGCCACCCGGAGCGACUUCUAACUCGGUUCUCAGUACCCGAAGAAUUGUUUGGGCCGCUUUCCUUGAAGAGCCUGGAGCAGGACGAAUAUGUCCGGAAGACCUCUGGCUAUCUGCCAGAGGCAUCAGUUGCUUUUGUGGAUGAGAUCUUUAAGGCCAACUCCGCAAUUCUGAACACAUUGCUGUCGGUGGUCAAUGAGCGAGUCUUUGACAACGGUCCUGUGCGUGUAGCCGUGCCCUUGCGAUGCCUUGUCGCGGCGUCGAACGAAGCUCCGGAGUCGGAAGAGCUGGAAGCCUUGUACGACAGGCUCCUGUUUCGCUUGCUGGUUCAGCCAGUUUCAGAUGCGCGGGUGGCAGACCUGGUUGCGGCAACAUCCUUGAGGCCCUCAGAUCCCAAAGAAGCGCAGCGGCCAUUUCCGGUCAGCCUGAGCGAUGCGCAGCGUGCACAGGAGCUGGCAGGCACCGUCGAGGUUCUUUCGGGCAUUGUGGAUGUCCUCGUGGACUGUCGGCGUUUCUUUGCAGGACUUCAGCCGCCAAGUGCAGUGUCAGAUCGACGUCUGGGCCAGGCCGUGCGGAUGAUGCAGGUGGCAGCCUGGACCUGUGGUCGCAGCGAGGUGGAGCUCUGCGACUGUGCCCUGCUGGCCCAUGUCCUCUGGAGCAACCCCGAGCACUGCAAGCAGUUCCAGCUCUUUCUGCGCAACCGCUUGGCCAGAACUCGACGCCGCCAGCUGAGCGCCAUCCUUGGGGGCCUCCUGGAGCGCGUCGAGACGCUUGGCAAAACUGUGACCUUUGGAGAUGGCUCUGCUAUGCCAUGCUAUGCCGUUAUGCUCUGCUCAAGGUCUGGAGCCACGGCUGCUCCGGACCUGCUGCGCGAGCUGGAGGCGUUUCGUCGAGCCAUCAGCCAGGAAAUCAAUGGCUGCGAGAGGCAGCGAUGCUUAGCAGAGGGACAUCCGUGGCUGGCGCCUGAGGAGACCGCGGCGCUUGGUGCUUUGCUUGCGUCGGCCGUCGAAGGGCUCAGGACGCUCCUGGGAGAUGUAGCGGCCCUGUCUGCGGCCGCUGAGCUGGGCGGAAACGUGCCUGCGGAAUGGCUGAGGCUUUGCCAGGGCCGCGGGCAGCUGAACUGGCCAAGUCCUGGUGAAGAAGAAAGGGAUGAUGGUGACAUCGAUGAGACGUUCACGGUGGGCAAGCACAAGGGCCGCCUCUUCAGUGAGGUGGCCUCGGAGGAUGAGGAUUACUGCAGAUUGGUAAAGCGCAAGGUUGGAGAAGGAAGCUUCAGCGGGGACUCGCCGCUGGAUAAGCAUAAAAAGGUGAUUGCUGCAGUUCCUUUCCACGCAGAUUGCGACUUUCGUGAGUUCGAUCCAGAUGUUCAGAUCGGCAGCCCUCGGUCCCUGGCAGCCUGCGAUGCCCAGGGCAUUUUGCCACGAGAACUGACCUACAAGCCACUGGAGGUCUUCCAGCUCCCAGGACUUGAUCCACGCGUCGCUCAGCUCCGGUAUGACUUCAUGGAGGCGCGCCGGCAGGACUUGAUCCACGCUGCCAAAGAGACGCGUCAAGUUAUCAUGGAGCUGGCAGAAGAAGCAGACAGAGCUGAGAGCUCCAAAGACCGUGGAGUGGAGCCGGCAGAAUCUGGCCGUGGCAUGAAAAAGGAUCUUCACCAACUCCUUCAACCGAACUGGGCAGAAGGUGGACCUCCAGACCCCGGCCUGGCGGGUGCUCCCACGACGCCGUAUCCCUCUGCGCUGGGCUUCUUUCGUGAGGUCCUGGAUGAGUACUCGCAGAGCCGGGCAUCAGCCUCACCUCCCGCGAGCCCGAUGUCUUCUGGCCUUAUAGGCCUUGGUGCCACGGAGGUCACCCUGCCACCGGUUUCUCCUGGUGGUGCCACUUCCUCCGCUGGGCUCAGGUCUCUUCGUUUGUCCGACAAGCGCUCUGCCUCUGAAUCACAACUGCGAGAUCUCGUCCACCGCCUGAAGUCAGCUCCCCGCGUCAACCAGGCAGACGAGGAGUUCGCAAGGAAAAGUGCAGAGCUUCACCUCGUCUAUCCGAAGAUUGAGGCCAAAUGGAGGAAGGAGUUUUUCGAGGAGCAGCAGCGCCUAGUGCAACGACGGGCAGACAUGGCCACGGAGUGCUUCGACCGCCUCAUCAUCGAGGAUGAGGAGAAGUACGAGGCCACGAAGCUGCGAGAAGCGAUGCAUCAGCUCUCUAUGGAGGAUGACCCAACGCGCCCCCGGCGUGGCGCCACCCCAGCUGCGGUGCCCUUCUCCAUGAGUGGAAGGAUGGGACUAGGGUCUGACAAGGCCACAUCCAGUCGUGGCUUCGGGUCGACAAUGCGUUCGACCACGUCGCGAGUGAGCCAUGCGGAUCGGGAGGAAGCGGCCAGGGAUAAGGUGCUCGGCACGAAGCGCGACUUCGAAAUUCAUCGCACAGAGGUACUCUCGAAAAGUGUGGAACACGACCGGGCUCUGAAGGAGUGGGUCCUCGAGCAGCAGGCUGCAAUCAAGUGGAGGAUGGCCAGCCGACUCCUAGAGGAACGCCUCCGCUGGCGCCUGAAGUACAACCAGGCCAUGGGACUGAUCGGGCUUCUGCGGGAACAGGCUCGGCGCAAUUGA